AUGGUGUCCCCCGUGGUCAAGGUGCAUGACUCUCAGCAAUCUGCAGGUUUAUCUGAUACUGCAGCUCAAGAAAACGUUGAUACCAUUGCUGAUGGCCAGGAUGAGCCUGAGUCUUCAGAGACUGGUAGCGUUGUUGCAAUGACGAUGUUGACAGCCUCGCCCCAGGAUUACCAGAAUGAGCCGGAGCAAAGUGUCACCAUUGCCGAAGUCGUCGCGCUCAACGACGCUCCACCAGAUUCCAUGGCCGACGCACAAGUCCCUGGAAGCGAGAACUCGUCGCCAAUUCCCGUUCAAAAUUUUCCUUUGCAACGCACUUCUCUCGCCUCUUUUUUUGGUCCUACACCUCGCUCCACACAAAAACAAACAUUCAAACCUCCUUCUGGCCACUCUUCUUCCACCCCCUUAUCAACUUGUAGUCUUCCAGUUGCUCCACCCCCUUCACCAGCAUCACUUUGUGGUCGUCAAUACGCUGCUGCUGCAGAGUCUCUUUUUCCUCAGCUAUCUGUUCUACCAAAUCCUCGGCCCUAUCUGCCCCAGAUGUAUUCUGGAAGCCAGCUUCAGGGGCAAUUCCCCAAUGGCAAUACCAAUCACAACAACAACAACAACAACAACAACAACAACAACCUGUCUCACUGGGUGUCUCCAGCAAUGGGAGCAUCGUCUGGCAUAUGUCUAGGCAAUGUUCAGUAUCCUCAGCAAGGUAACUUUCAAAGACCCAUCCAUCCUGCUAUACCCCCGAAACCGCGUCGUUAUCUUCGUUCUACAUGGAGAAUUGCCUAUGCUUUUCAUCCUCGCGUGCCUUAUGUUUCUGCUCCUGUACCAGCACCCUCUUCCAUUUCUCCAGAUCCUACUCCUGCCUCUGUGAAGCCAAAGAAAAGCGAGUACAAAGGCCCACUCAUCGUUUCUUCAUAUCCAGUGAAACUUCCAAGUCAGAACCAACAAGGCCAGCAACCUGCUCAACAGCAUUCUUACCAUUCUGCUCAGCAAUCAGCUCAGCAGCACGUUCCACAACAUGUUCAAUACCCUGUUCAGCGUUCGGCUCAGCAUUCAGCUCAGCAGCAUGUUCAACAUUUUACUCAUUCUCCUCUUCCUAAUCCUCGCCAUUGGCCUGGUCAUCAACCUGACCAGCAGCAGAGGCCAUCCCACCCCCAGGCUAUCACGACCAAUCCGGGUCACGCCUGUGGUAUCAACAAUAACAUGGCCAUGAAUGGCCACGGCUCGAGGAACAAUAACAAUGUUGUUGUUUCUCAGUACCAUAGUCCUCACCACCUACAAGCUCCAGUUUCAGGACCAUCUUCUACCCCACUCCCAGGAAAUGGAUUCUCAUGCGUCCAGGGCUCCCAUGGCAUGAACAACAAUACCCUUGCAGCCUUACCUCAGGUUGCUCAGCCUUUCCCCAUUGAAGAUCCAUUCGAGACUGGCACAGGCCCUCAACCAGCCCCAGCUGGUGCUGUUCUAAAGAUCACCAACAUUCCCUACAACCUUUUGGCACGCGAAGUUAUGCAUUUUCUUGGUCGCCGAGCCAAGUUACUUCCUGAGAGCAGAGGAACUUCAAUCCAUGUUAUCAUGGAACGAUCCACUGCAAAGACUAUGGACUGCUAUAUCGAGUUACUCACACAAGCUGAUGCAGAAGAGGCCCUUUCAUGGGUUAAUCGCAACUUACCUGCCCACUCUCCACGUCUUGGUGAUCGUCAUGUUCAUGUUGAAAUGUCCUCUCAAGAUGAAUUGCUUCAUGUAAUGUUUCCACGUGCAAAGUGCGUCCUUUGGAAAAAUGGAAUUCCAGAAAUUCAGCCAAACACAGACAGAUACUCGACUGGUUUUCAGGGUUUUUUGACCAAUGAAGAAUUGUUUUGCAUGGUUCACUAUGCUGAAGCACCAAAGAGAGCACCAUUCGCUGAAAAGUGUCCCCAACGCCCGUACGAAUUCAUGAUCAGCACCCUUGACAAAUUCCCCUGGUCAUCAAAGUCCCUCUACACCGUUGAGCACCGCAACGUUUUGUUUGACGCUACUAGACGCCAACUGCAAGCAUUGGUCCAUCAAGUUAAUUCUAGACGAGUCAUCCAACUGGAUGAGCGUCUGUUAAGGGAUCUCCUUAACGCAGGACUCCGAUGUUCGACGUUCAAUGGACGUCAGAAAUAUCUUCUCAGGGUGGCGGCUGGGCAAGCUCUGGGGCCCAUUCCCAGAACAGCAAUGUUCUGGCCCUUCGACGCCCUCUCGCGUAGGGCCAAUGCGCGAGAGGAGAACGUGGAGAAAUAUGCCCGGUUAAUCCGGGCAGCAGUCCUGCGCCGAGUCCCGGACCUAGGGGAGCUCAACAACUCGUGGGACGCCAUUCAACAUGGCAACUCGCCCUUCGGGCCACUCAUGUUGGAGUGGCGGGGCGAGGGAGCGCGGCGGAGCCUGCAAGCCGCCAUUAACGCUGAGAUCAGGGUGAUGAAAGCCCUGGUCUUAGAGGGGCUUGCGGCUGUCAACCCCGCCGUUUGA